AUAACCUUUUUUAAGUGCACCGUACUUUUAUAACACGAACUUAAAGAGAUUCAAUAGGAUACCUUGAUGGUCUUGACUCCAACCGGGACUCUUAUAGCAACUAGUAACGGUCCUGCAUUAAGAUUUCCAAUUUGAUACUGCUCUCUUGCUAUCACCGUGUUUGCAUACUGUUACUGUCAUACACUCCAACCCAAAGGAAUUGACCUUUUCUCUGCCCGCCUCUUUCUUCUCCAUUGCUGCUCAUUUGCGCGCGCUCUCUCCCCCUCUGGAAUGGUACCGAACAGCUGACGAAAAUGGCGAACCCAUGUAAAAGUAGGGUUUUCGCUCCCCUCUUUGGUAGCUUCCCCUCAAGAAACUUCUUCUCUCACUACUUUUCCACUAUCUCUAUCAAGAAAGUCACAAGAAACAACUUUACUUCUUCUUUCGAAGAGCUUCGCCACCAUGUCAGAGAAGCUGAUUUUGUAGCCUUGGAUUUGGAGAUGAGUGGUAUUACCAGUGCUCCAUGGAGAGAGUCCUUUGAGUUUGAUCAUUCGACCAUUAGGUAUUUGAAGAUCAAAGAUUCGGCCGAGAAAUUUGCCGUUGUUCAGUUUGGGGUUUGCCCUUUUCGCUAUGAUAAUUCAACAAAAACCCUAAUUGCUUAUCCGCACAGUUUCUAUAUAUUUCCCCGUAAAGAGCUUCCGAUCGAUUUUCCCUCCUGUGAAUUUCUCUGCCAAACAACUUCAAUUGAGUUUUUGGCCAGACACCAAUUUGAUUUCAAUGCUUGCAUACAUGAAGGAAUAUCUUAUUUGUCCAGAGCACAAGAAGCUGAAGCACUGCAUCAGUUAGGUCUAGCAGAUGUCGACCAUUUACCCUAUUCUGAAUGUAAUCCAAAGGAAACUAGAGAAAUGCCCCUGGUGAGUUUUGGUGACAUUCUUUUUACCGAGAGGAUGAAGAUUAAACUUAGUGAAUGGCGUGACAGUUUGUUGAGGAACCAAAACUGUGACUACCACUUUGAGGAAAACUCUUCGAACUGCAAGCUACAAUUCCGGACUGAUUUCUUCAAAAUGCGUCCUUCCCUUCUUCUGAGUGGUUUCAGCUCACACCAACUUAGAUUGAUUCAGCAGGUCAUAAGAAAGCAUUUCGAUGAUCUUGCAUUUAUCAGGAUAAAUGAUGAAAAUUCUCUCAGCCAGAAUCGGAUUGUGUAUACAGACUGGAAGGAUGAUAGGGCUAAGCUCAUGGAAGAGGUGAGGAAAGAUAUGCAAAAGGUGACCAAAUCAAAGGUUGAUGCUGCAGUGGGGUUCCGGCAUGUUAUUGACCUUCUAUCUUCAGAAGGAAAAGUGAUUGUGGGGCACAACUGUUUGUUAGAUAUUGCACACGUACACAGCAAAUUCCUUGGGCCUCUUCCUUCAACCCUAGCAGAGUUCGCAUCUUCAAUUCACAAACUCUUGCCAUAUAUCAUCGAUACCAAGCGGCUUUUGAUAUCUGAGCUCGCGAUCCAACGGUUGAUGAAGAAGACCGGCACAUCUUUGUCUUCGGCUUUUUCCUUCUUGUGUUCACAAAUGGUUUCUUCUUCUGAUACCUCCUCUUCAAAUUCUCGCCCAUUUUUUAAAGUUGAAGUCUUAACUGAUGAAGAAAGCUCAUCCAAUCAAUCGAACCCUGGUGCGAAGCAUGAGGCAGGAUACGAUGCCUUCAUGACUGGCUGCGUAUUCGCUCAAAUCUGCCAUCUUCUAGGCAUUGAUUUCUCUAUCUACAAGGGAAGUGACGUGGUAGAGCACGAGAAGUUGCAAAAACACCUGAACCUUCUCUACUUAGGUUGGAACAGUGGAACUAUGGUGGACAUGAAAACUGGGCAAGAGAUUGCCCAUUCGACAGUCACAAACCUUAAAAAGCGAUACCCCAAAAUUCAAUUCUCAAACAUUGUUCUGGUUUGGGGUUUUCAAAAGAAAUUCAAGCCAUGGGAGAUGAAAGAUAUCGUAACUAAGGUCUUGGGUAUAUCUUCUGUUACUUCUGUAUUUUACUUGGAUGAAACAGCUGCGUUUGUACAGUUUAGUAAAGAGCAAUAUGUCCAAGAUUUUCUUGUAUUGAAGGACACUGUAGAGAGAGAAAGUGGCCCUUUAUCAGUUCUCCACCCCUUGGGGAAAUUAUUGGAAGGAGGGAACACUCGGGCCGCUAAGUAUGACAUUUAUAAGGAGAUUUGCAGUUCUCCUCUCUCCAGAGUUUUGUUUGCCGACCAGACGGAAGCCAUGGGGAUUAAAUGGAAAACAAAGGUUGAGAUACAAAAACUAGAGCAGGCUGAUGUUGGUGAAGGAGGUAGUGAUAGGAAGAAUGAGGUUGUAGCUGAAAAGAAGAUUUUGAGAGACGGGAAACCACAUAUGGAAGGUUCAGAAGACUGUUUGUCAAGUGAAAGCAUCUUGGAUGUUUUGUAUAGUAGCGGGUCUCUUAUUUUUAAGAAGGUGAGAACUUGAAUAUUUGGUUCUCUUUUGUCGUUAUUAAGUUUUGAAAGAGAGAGAGAUCCCAUUGUUAACUGUAUAAUUUAUAGUUGCGCUGCUUUAAUGCAAGGGUAUUGUGUUUUUUAAU